UAUAACAAUAUGUGAUUCCGAUGUUAUUUUGACAGGCUAGCUCGUCAACUUGUAUCGCUCGCUGCUACUCGGUCAUUAUUUAACCAAAGUUUCGUCGAAAGAGUGUCGUAUUAUCGUAACAAGGAGAAAGUUCUAUCGCUGCUUGAAUAAACAGCGGCUCUCCGGAAAUAAAUCAUGCGACUGCACGCUCAUCAAUUAUCAACGAGAUAAUGUUUCCCACGAUAAACGAUCGCCAUGUAACAUUGUCAUAAAUUUGUCGUGCCAUUGUAUUCUUUAGAGUGACAAGUUUAUCUACAUUAUCGAGCAAAAAUGGCACUGGUCAACAUCGAAGGGAUUGAUCCCUGGCUUACCGAGUACGAUGCAUGCGAGAAGCUGUUCCGCGAGAUUAUGGAGCAGCUGACCAUGCGCGACUCAGAACCAAAGACCUCGAAAGUUUACGCCAGUCUAUCAGCCAAUAUAAGGUUACGUAUGAAGCAAUACACGCGGGAGGUUCAACAAUUGAAGAGCAAAGUGGAAGAGGCUUCCAAAUCGAGGACAAUAACCUUCGAGGAAGCUGAGCGUAGAACAAGACAAGUAGAACAGUUACAAAGCAGGGACAUUCAGUUACAGAAACUGUACGACCCGCGUACAAAGGAUUACGCAUCGUCACGUGCCAGCUUGUUAAAAUCCGGCUCGUCGGCUUUCGCCGACGGUGGCACGACUUCUUGGGCUGCCGAUGAGGAUGACGAAAAACCAUUGGACGUACAUGUGACUGUCACUGAUCUUAUGAGCCAUCAGGAGCAAAUAUUGAAAGAACAAGACAAAGGCUUAGAGGAGCUAUGCAAGGUGAUAGCUCGUCAGAAGGAAAUUGGACAGACUAUUAGCAACGAAGUGAAUCACCAAAACGAAAUAAUCGACGAUUUGGCUGAUCACAUGGAGAGAACCGACGAAUCUUUGGUCAACAAGACUCAACAGGUUCGCAAUAUUCAUUCCAAAGACCGUACGCUUGGUUAUUGGGUGGUGAUAAUUCUACUCUUCAUCGCUAUCGUUAUCGUUGCUCUGGUAUAAAAUAAGUAAUCCAACGGGAUCGUGGAUUUCCGUGGAAUUGUCUGUACUUGAAAUGCAAGAAUCGGAUGCGCCGCAUUUGAGUAUUUUUUGCGGUACCAUACACAAGAGCGUAACGUACUUUUAAAUGACUUACGUGUUGGUUGAUGAUGAUUUUAUCGUGUAAUCGUUCAAGCAGUUCGGUCAGCUUUAUGUUAUGUACAAAUGAUGUGUAUAUAAAAAUAAUAUCGCUAUUGUACACUACUUGUCUGUUGAAAUCACUAAUAUAUCUGCUCCGUAACAUUA